AUGACCGCUAUAUUUGGUGUUGUAAAAUUUGUUUCCGCUUAUAUAUGUGCUUUUUUUGUCAUUGACUUCUUGGGUAGAAGAAAAGCUCUUUAUAUUGGGCUCAUCAUACAACUGCUCUCAAUUUUAUACUUCUCUAUUUUCUUGGCAAUUGUUCCUGAAGCUUCUAAUGAUAACCCUUCUCUCUCAGGUUCUGAGUCAAGGGCAAGUAAAGGUGCAAUUGCUUCCUUAUUCAUGUCUGGUGUUGGUUGGUCGUUAGGUUUCAAUGCAUUUAUGUAUAUGAUAGGUCCAGAGAUUCUUCCAAUCAAGGUCCGUUCUUUUGCUCAAUCACUUUCAAUGGCUUUGCAUUUCGCCAACCAAUACGGAAAUUCCAAAGCGUUGCCCAAAAUGCUUAUUGCGAUGAAUAAUUAUGGCGCAUUCUUCUUUUUUGUCGGUGUGAUGAUUAUUUCUAUGUUUUGGGCUUGGUUCUUUGUUCCAGAAUUGUCAGGGCGUUCGUUAGAAAGUAUCGAAGAAAUUUUUAAAUUACCUUGGUAUCUCAUCGGUCGAAAAGGAGCCCAAUUAAGCCCUGAUUUUUCUGAGGUUAAUAAAAUUUCACACAGUAAAGAUAGUCAUGGCAAUACCUAUGAAAGUGUAAUUAAUUACAAUUUAGAGACGUCUAAGGCAUCGCAGGAGAUUGUCGGAGGAAAUUCAAAAGAGGAUGUGAAUUCAUGCAAAGAAAAAUCUUAA